UCUAAAAGAAUAAAAUAUAUGAAUAAUAAUGAUAGUAUUGAUAUCAAUUUAUUUCUAAAGUUUGAACAUAUGAAUCAAUGUUGAUGUGAUAAGGGCUGGGCUCUGCACAGUUGUAGAGUUUCCCGUGGAAUGGAAAAAUUUUGCAGAAUUGCAAAUUGUGCAGAAUUUUGAGGAAUUUUGGUGUGCAAUCUAAUAUGUAAUUGCACGAAAAUAUUUGCAGCAAUGGCAAUUUUUCUUUAUCAAAAAAUUUGUAGAAGAGAUUUGCACAAUAUAGUAAAAAAAAUGUGUAAAAUUUUUCACCAGUGUGUUUUAUGGAAUUAUUACUUCGGUUUUUCUUAACCCCUCCCCCCCCCAGAAAAAAAGUUCCAGAUCUUCCAAUUUUUGCACAAAAGUUAAAAAGAAACAGUAGGCAUCGGGUUUAUUCUUGAUGUUUUGAAAUCAUUAGAACAAUGUGGUGGUUAACUUAAACUUUUUAUUCAUUAAAGUUCUAAGGGUGUACUUGUGUAUUUAUUUGGAUGCGAAUGAGAAAUAACACUAAGACGAGAGAUGUAAUAAAUUCAGCUGUCUUUUUUGUUUAUGAAAUUCUAUCUGUAACCAUGAGUUUUCUGCUGGGUUACUCAAAGGAGAAUGCUACAGAAUGUUACAAAGGAAGCCAGACUCCUGGAAAACCCUUGAUUCUAGUUGUAUUCUUUUUAGUGUGUCUGGGAUUUGUAGGAUUAACGGUAGAACCUUUGUUUGAGGGAAGAUUAAAAAUCAUCCUCAUACUUUGGACAGUAAUUCAAGUAUGUCUUACCUCAAAAUCACUUGUUGGUUUGGUAUUGUUUGGAACUGUAGUCACUGGAUUUAUAUCAAAGAUGGAGAACUUAGAGUUCAAUCCUGAAAAUACUCUCAUGAUUGGCCAGAAGCGUUUGGAGAUGUUUCGUAAACUUAAAACUGGUUUUGGACCAUAUUUGUUUGCUCUGUUUUCAGUUCAUACCCUGGCUCUGGUUGCUAUAGUAUUUUUGGCUGUUGACUUCUUGAAGGAAGGAGUUGAUACUCAGGUCUUAAUUGGGUUCACACUCAUCACCUUCUUUACUGGAUUGCCAUUGUUGUACACAGUCCUAUUGGCCAAAAGUGCACAUUCAAAGUUCCAGAAUAUCUUACCAGUUCUGAGGACUGCAUGCCGCAUGGAGACAACUGAAGUUAAGAUGGAUUACUUACUCCUCAUUCUGGAGAUUCAACAAGAGGAAACAUUUUCUGGGUGUGAAUUCUUUCUGAUUGAGAAGUCUACUUUGCUAUCUGUACUUGGUACUAUUGUGACAUACUCAGUAGUACUUAUUACGUCAGCAUAGAGUACACUUUGCUUUAUGUACUUGGUACUAUUGUGACAUACUCAGUAGUACUUAUUACAUCAGCAUAGAGUACACUUUGCUUUAUGUACUUGGUACUAUUGUGACAUACUCAGUAGUACUUAUUACAUCAGCAUAGAGUACACUUUGCUAUCUGUACUUGGUACUAUUGUGACAUACUCAGUAGUACUUAUUACAUCAGCAUAGAGUACACUCUUUGCUAUCUGUACUUGGUACUAUUGUGACAUAGUCAGAAGUGCUUAUUACUUCAGCAUAGAGUAUACUUUGCUAUCUGUACUUGGUACUAUUGUGACAUACUCAGUAGUACUUAUUACUUGAGGAAAGUGUAAAUGAUGUUAUCUGAAUUAUAUGUUUCAUUUAUGUUACUAUACGUAUGUAAUACUU